AUGUCGUCCGUAUCGGCGACAUAUCGAGCCACGGACGGCAGCCCUGUCCUGGCGCUCUCCCUCUGUGGCCACCCUCUCAGCUACCCCAACUUCCUUUCAAAACAGCGUCAAGAAUUUGGCCCGAAUCCUACGGCGAAGAAUGACAUGUCCAACGGAGUCGCAAGCAAUGGCCUUCAACACCACAGCGGUAUGAAGAGCACCUCAUUGACAGCACCGAAAUCUGAUCAGGAGAAAUUGCUGUACAUGUUCGAGCGCCAGAAGAUUGUUGAUCUGCUCUGCGCGUAUGCGUAUACACUAGACUGCACCAUGAUGGACCUCAAAAUCGCCCACGACUGGGCCAACCUGUUUACCGAUGACUGCCUCUUGACUUACCCAUUUGGGACACACAACGGCAAAGCAGGGUUGGCGGAUUUCGGUAUGGCUGCAGAGUCCCGUUUCACUAGGAUGUUGCAUAUCGCGAGUAACUUCGUUGUCGAGUUUGAGUCGGAUACUGUGGCUCAUGCUCGAUACACCUGCUUCGCAACUCAUGGCUCUCACGAGUGGGAUCUAUCUAAACAUUUUAUGGAAGCCGGUUACUAUUACUCGUCAUUCCGACGAGAGCCAACUGCCGAUGGAUUCAGUACGUGGAAAUUUUCGCAUCUCACUUUGGAUAUGGUGUGGACGCAGGGCGAGUCCCUUGGUCUAAAUGAGCCGCUGAAUGUGCAUCUAACCAAGAGCUCCAUUCAACCGAUACUCACGGAGUCGAGUCCAUGA